UGUACCACCAGCCGUUGAAAUAGAUAUGUUAUUUUUAUGAAGAUCCAUACGCGUAUUGCUCCCAAGGACAAUGUAUUCCUCGGGAAAUAGCUAUCAUUACAAUAAGGAAAGAUAUCAAAGGCAAAAAUUAUUAUUGUAAAUAUAUAUAAAGAUGGUAAGUAUGAAAGAAAGAUGGUCUUUAUUCCCGAUUCAAGGUAUUUUUGUUGGCCGUAUUAUUUAUGACCAGCCAUUGAUUGCAACAAUCUGAUGCACAUCAUGCAAGGAGAGGUCGACCAUGCCAGCUGCCGGUGUCUUCCUUGAGAUAACUUUUGGAUGGUAGAUGAAGAUUUGAUUGAUGGGUCAAUGGUUAAGACUAUAAUGAUAUAUACUUAGUACAAUGGAGUAGGAAAAAGCUGUGUAGGUGCGAAGUGGGUGAUUUAGAGUUCAAAGGUCAAUUUCAAAACUGGUGACGUCUCUAUAUAUAUGAGUGAAAUAUUCUCGAAUGGGACGUAAAAGAGCAGAGUUGGACCGUCAUGUGGUAAUUUCUGAAUUUACUGGGUGGGUGUAAAAAACGAAAAUUACAAUUUAACAACAUUUUUGUAUUUACACCCACCCAGUAAAUUAAAAAAUAAAUACGAUAUGACAAUAGUAAUGGACCGUUGUUCUGCUUUGCAGUGUUUAUCAGCGAUGUGAUGACGUAUUAUAUGUAGUAUAGAUAUUAUGGACUUCGAUGUUGGGUCGAUAUGUCAUGUUAUAUAGCUGAUUCCGUAAAUUCAUCAAUGAUCAAUCCCCGGUAACAUUCACGGUCACGUGAUUAUUAUUACAUUAACAGGAUAUAACUCUCUCAAUGCUAUAAUUUAACUGUAUUUAACCGAGAUUAUAAGUGAUCAAGCGAGGACGAUUGGUCAACAGAAACACAUAUCGACGUAUGAUAUCAAAAUCUCUAAUUGCAUGGAUAUGUUCGUCUAUUUAUAUUUCUUCAUCAUUUCGUAGUUAUCAAAGAGAAAACUCAUAACUUUUUUUUUUUAACGUAAAAGCAUUCCGAUUUCUACCACUUUAAAACACAUUAGCGUUGCACUAUCGCUAUAAAAAUUCAGUCCCGGUAGAUAAAAUAGUAAAAGUAAAAGCGAAAGUACAGCUACUACUUCAAACAAGCAGAUUGUAGAAUACACUCAAAUAAGUGUACUGACAGUUGGCCUGAUCUGGGAAACCUGUUCUUGAGGAUGAAGUCCCAAGUCGCAAAUCGGUACGGGUCCACUAUUUCUAUAAUAUUGUCACAGAUGAUUCUUACCCAACUUCUAUAAAAAUUCACAUUGUAUAAAAAAUCCUAGAGAAAUUCGAUUUCCUGUAAAAAUUUUACAAAAUCCUACGGAAUUUUUAUCUAAUUUUUUAAAGAAUUAAAUAUAAUCAUCUCGUCGUAAAUUAUAUUUCAAUUUAGAGGAGAGAAAAUUUGCAAAAAAUAAAAUUUCGAAAUCAUGUGGGAUGAUGCUAAAAUCCUAAAGGAAUACCAUACUAUUUUCCGUCUCCGUAUGGGUGAAAGGAUCUCGAGAGAGACGCUAAAUAAUAUAGACUCAAUCAAUCUUAUCAUUCAUGUACCAUUAAUGAUUUAUUUCAACAACAAAUGAGCAAGGUGAACCAACCCUCCUACACUGUAAACAUAUCUGAAUCCGUCGUUGAGUUCCAUGUACAUAUUCGACUUUCAUAUGUAAACAUUUUUAUAUUAAUCCCACGAGUACAUAGAGUUGUUUUACAUAAGUUUGAUGUGUCGUGGUGAACUAUCGCUGCGCGUUAGAUAAUGUAAGCGCGCAGCGAUUAAGGUAGCGUCUGCGCAACAUUCCGAUUACGCUACCCUGAGUAACUGAUUGAUAAGAGGAAAUGCGAGCCUGCUGGAUUCACUGUGAAGGAAGAAGUGUAACUCUGAAAUACUGUCAUCUAAUUAAUUAACUAAUCGUGUGUCCGUGUUAAAAGGUAUACACAAUUCUCUGAAUUUAAAUAUUAACUGAUCGUACACGUAACCACGUGUGUACAGGCACAUAUCAGUGUGAUUGGCAUUAUCACGCGUGUAUCGUUAAUUUAAUCAACUGUGUGAACAAAGACAUGGAAACUUCCGACAAAUCCUGCGACAUCUGUCACCGUAUGAACUCUGUUGAACUUGCAACGUCACGGUGCAUCGACUGCUGCGACGAUUUAUGUGAAAAUUGUGCCAAAGCUCAUCCCGCCAACCGCUUGUCUAUGGAACACUGUGUCUUGUCAUUAAAUGAUGUUGAAAAGGCGGACACUGGUUCGCAAAUGGUCGGUUUCUGCGAAAAGCACACCGACCGGAAGCUGGAGGUUUAUUGUUUUGAUCAUGAGCAAGCUUGUUGUUUGAUGUGUGCAACUACUGAGCAUAGAAAAUGUGACGAGGUGGAGAACGUGGAGGAGUGUGCUAAACAAUCCGGAGACGUGGAAGUGGAGAAAUUGAAAGGAUUGCUUGAGAAUUUGAAACAAGAAUGUGCGGACGACACAGCUGUGAUUUUUAAAAAUGAGGAGAAUUUUGGUGUUCAAGUUGGGGAUGUCCAUGCUCAUAUACGAUCGAUAAAGGAGUCGGUGAUGAGAUUUCUGAAUGAGAAGGAGACUGAAUUUAUAGAACAGCUGACGGACAUGCAAAAUGAGAAAAAUACUGGAUUUUCUGUUAAAGUUGAGAUGUUAAAUGACUUUCAAGCAAAUAUAGAUCUUGAUGUUGAAAAAUUGAAGAAUUAUGACGGUAGAAAUGAAGUGUCACUUUUUCUAGAAAUGAAGCAAAUUGAGAAGAAUUACAAAUCCUUAAGAGAAAAUUUACAAACUGUACGAGCUGGUUAUAAACGUGUUGAUAUGAAAUUAGAAGAUGCGAAUUUCCUUACGCAUAUUCUUCUCGAACAGAACCCAUUCGGCAAACUUAUGGUUGAGGAAACUGUCGAAAAAUCAAAGCCAGAUUUAUUGAACUCUGAGUUGGUUCUGACAAAUGUUCUCGCAAAAUCGGGAUGUCGAAUGACUGACGUUGAAGCUAUUGGUGAUGACCAAGUUCUCGCUGUUUGCGACAAUCAUAACAGACUCCAUCUCUUCAGCACCAGUGGUAACCUUGCCGCUGUCGGAAAGUUGUCCGGGAAACCGUGGGCCAUGACGAAGACAGACCAAGAAACAUCCGUUGCUGUUACCAUUCGUUCACCCCAGUCAAGUAUUGAGAUUGUCAAUGUGAAGGUCGACAAGAGUCCGACUGUAUCUACAACGAAAAUUAUCAACCUCUCAUUCAAGCCCAAUGGCAUCGUCUGUGACAAUGGCACUCUCAUCAUAUCCUCUACCGAUGGUUUACUCCGCCACAUCGACACCAGUGGGAAUAUUCUCAAUACUGUCUCGGUCACGAAGGGUUACGUAUACGGACUUUGCCUUCAGUCGAGACGUAUCAUUUACUCGCACCAUACUGAUAAUGGAAAAGUUUAUGCUAUGUAUAAUGAUAAGUUGGGUUCCCAAGAAUUCACUUUCGAACACGACAAACUCAGUUAUCCACUGGGAGUUUCCUAUGAUUUACAUGGUAAUAUGUACAUUGUAGGUUGUAGUACCAACAAUGUAUUGCAGUUGAAUUCAGACGGGGUGUUUGUAAGAGAAAUUCUGUGUAAAGACAGAGAUGAAGCUGUAACUAAUCCUAUGGGAAUCCGCGUGGCAGUCAUGGGAUCAGUCCCACGGUUGUUACUAACUUGUCAAAAUGAAAUCAGAGUGUAUAAUUUUGACUCUUACUGACUGUACUCCCUUAUGUCGAGAUAAACAAACACUGUACAGGAAUGGAAAAUGCAGGACAGAUCUAUUGAUCUUUACCUGUAUAGAAAUAUCUGCCUAGCUUUUCCUGGAUACCACUUAGAAUUUCCUAUUUGUUCUGAUUAAAAUAUUGGUUUUGCUACACAUAUAAGUCAAGACGGUUGAUUUGUUUGUUUGUUUUUUAACAAUAUUUUAUUGUUGUUUGUAGGGUUUUUUAUUCAUUCAUUAUGUUUGGUUCAAUCAAAUCAAGAAAAGUUUUAUUUUAUCUAGUUGCAUGUAUUUGAAGUGUUGAAAAGUCAAUAAACUCUUGAGAAAGUAA